UUUGCAGGGGGAGGGAGGGCUGACUACGAGGCAAAGUGGGGGGAGAAAGAGACACACGCGGGGCCUAGUCGCCACAUCUUUUCAUGCGAAGAAGCUGUGCCGCUAAACCACCCGUUUUUGGUUUCCAAAAACAACUCUGGCCCGGGCCUCAGUCCGCGGUCUAGAGUUUGAUAGCGGGCCGUUUGAGACGGUCGUACGUCGGUGUGUAGCUGCCUGCCAGCCCCUGUGGCCCGACCAGCACCAUGGGAGAUAGUAGAGAUUCCCACAGCCCAGACAGUUCGUCUGUCUCCUCCCCUCCAUCGGGGCAGCGCUCGCCUCCGCUGGUUCCCUCAGCUGCAGCUUCCAUGACCUCCCUGCCUCCCAUCACCACCACGGGGGUCAACAGCCCCAUCAGUAGCAUCGGCUCCCCCUUUUCUGUCAUCAGCUCUUCACUGGGCUCGCCCUGCCUGCCUGGCACGCCAUCGGUGGGCUACGGCCCUAUCAGCAGCCCGCAGAUCAACUCAACAGUGUCCAUGUCAGGGCUCCACGCAGUGAGCAGCUCCGAUGACGUGAAACCUCCGUUGGGCUUGCAGCCGCUGUCGCCCCACAGCCCAGGGCCGAUGCUUUCCCAGAAGCGCCUUUGUUCCAUCUGCGGAGACAGAUCUUCUGGUAAGCACUACGGUGUCUACAGCUGUGAGGGCUGUAAAGGCUUCUUCAAGCGCACAGUGCGCAAAGACUUGAGCUACACCUGUCGGGACGUUAAAGACUGUAUGGUGGACAAGAGACAGAGGAACCGCUGCCAGUACUGCCGCUACCAGAAGUGCCUGGCCAUGGGCAUGAAGAGAGAAGUGGCCAAGAUGAACGACAGAUCUGUCCAAGAGGAACGACAGAGGAACAGGGAACGAGAGGGCGAGGUGGAGUCGACCAGUGUGGUGAACGAGGAGAUGCCGGUGGAGAAGAUUUUGGAAGCGGAGAUGGCUGUGGAGCAGAAGACAGAGCUUCACGCAGACGGAAGUUCAGGUGGCAGCUCUCCCAACGAUCCGGUCACCAACAUCUGUCAGGCAGCUGACAAGCAGCUCUUCACCCUGGUGGAGUGGGCUAAGAGGAUCCCUCACUUCUCUGAGCUGGCGCUGGACGACCAGGUCAUCCUGCUACGUGCAGGCUGGAAUGAACUCCUGAUUGCAUCGUUUUCCCAUCGCUCCAUCUCCGUGAAGGAUGGGAUCUUACUGGCCACUGGCCUGCAUGUCCACAGGAACAGUGCUCACAGUGCAGGCGUUGGAGCCAUCUUUGACAGGGCGCACAAUGCCGAGGUUGGGGCCAUAUUUGACAGGGUUUUGACAGAGCUCGUAAGCAAGAUGAGAGACAUGCAGAUGGACAAGACGGAGCUCGGCUGCCUUCGAGCCAUCAUCCUCUUCAACCCAGAUGCCAAGGGUUUGUCCAUCCCCAGCGAGGUGGAGCAGCUGAGAGAGAGAGUGUACGCAUCUCUCGAGUCUUACUGCAAACAGAAAUACCCCGAGCAGCAGGGCAGGUUCGCAAAGCUCCUCCUCCGACUCCCAGCGCUGCGCUCCAUUGGUCUGAAGUGUCUGGAGCACCUGUUCUUCUUCAAACUGAUUGGUGACACGCCCAUCGACACCUUCCUGAUGGAGAUGCUGGAGGCCCCCCACCAGCUCACCUAGAGGACACCAGGUUCGGUCCGGUCAGGAUCCGAUGCACACCAGGAUCGCCAACACGUCGCCCCGCGUUGGGUCGUUGGGCCUCUCCUAACUGCAGCACCUGCUGGUUUUAAUGUGCCAGCUCUCUCACACACACACACACACACAUAUUCCAUAUCACUGGCUAAUUAUCAUAACUGGCACUUGCCGAUCUUAACUUGCAUACAUGAAUUGACAUGCAACAUAACUAAUGCACGGAUCAUAUGGCUCUGGAUGAACAGUAUGCUAAUACAUGCUCACACACACAUUUUCACCAUCUUUUCCCAGACUCCUUUUUCCACCACAGGGGUUACGACUCAAACAAUACAACCCCGUUUUACCACACAUAUACAGUUAAUGUCUUAAUCCUAAGUUAGCCUUCAGUUUUCACAUUUCACAGAGGGGGUUCUGCUUUUCUGUAACUAUACGGCCCUUGUUGGGUGAGUUAGUUACACGGCUAGCUGCACCUCUGUGUAUUAUAUCCAUCACUAGCCGGUUUCUUAUUCAUGUUUGGUUUUAGCUUAAAAUCAGGUGCGUAGGGUUUCAAUCAUUUGUCCAUCAUCAAAUGAAUUCCAUUCUUAUUGGUCAGGAGGUGUCCUAUAAUGGACAGGCAGACACGCUCUCACAGGGAGCUCAUCCAAUCUCGUAAACAUUUUAUGCUUUUUUUGAAUAAUUAUGCUGAAACUUGUUUGUUUCUAUUUUGAAGUACUGUACUCAUGAAAUGAGAGCUUUUUCCAAGGCAUUGAAAUCCAGGAAAAGGGGAGUGGGAGCACUUUGUUGAACAGACAGACUUUGUCCCUCCCACCCUGAUGUGCACAGCGGGCUUUGUAGGACGAGAAGAAUGACUUGAAUUUUUAAUUAUUAUUUUUUUUUCUCCUAGUUUUGAUUUCAUCCUUUUCUCUUUUUUGGCAGUUGGUUGGCAUUUUAAAGUGUCACAGGAAGUACAGCUUCAUGCAAGACAAAAACAUCUCCUCUUCCCCCCCAAAAUCCCCCCUUUGCUGGAGGUCAUUUAUGCACCUUUGUGAGUUGUAACUGUGUAAAUGUUUUGUAGAAAUGACCAUCAAUUCUCACAUACCUGAGAUGACCUUGAAGGUACUAAGUGUAGGGUUUUCUCAUUAUUGCGUUGUUGUCCAAUCAGAUGUGAGGAUUUGUUAUAGCACUUGCUAAAUGACUGACCACUUCCUGUACAGACGACCAGGAUUGGUCAGCCUCUAGCUGAGCUGUGUGAGGUAUUCAAGAGUCUGCACUCUACUCUGUAGAUUGAGGUGCGAAAAGCUGAAUGUUUCGUGCAACAGAGAUAAAAAAAAAGACCCGAUAAAAUGAUUUGACAGUGGCAAUAAUGCAACAUUUCAAUUCACCUGGUCAUCAAUCAAUCAAUAUCAAAUUCGGCUUAUCUGCGAUACAUCGUCGGCCCUCCGCUCAUGGAUGAAUCACCGGCUGCGUAUAGAUUGGCAAACAAGGCCCCGGUGUUUGAGCUACGUGUUAGUCGUGUUACUGUAAUUAGUGCUGUAUAAUGGAAAUCCUACACCUACUACCUGCAGCUCUGGAAGACUUCAUUCAGUGUGUAUUGGCUGGAUGCUUGCGGCUGUUGUACAGUAGAUCCAAAAGAAAAACAGGAGAGUCCUGCAGAGACAGAUGCCUGUGAAAUAUGUGGCUCCAAAAAACGCAUUUAAAAGCUCUUUUUUUGCUGUCCAAUCAACAAGAGGCUUGCCCCCUUUGUGAGGUCAUCAUUAUGAAGUUGUCAUGGAGGCCAGGCCACACCCCUCUACUGCUUUUGCACCAACGUCUGCCGAUGUCCCCGUCGUCCUCAGUAAUCUCUGCUACUGAGAUUGAACUGUUUGGGCGGCUGAAUCUGAGCAUCGCAGUGAAACACACGAAGACAUACACAGUACACACGCUCAAAGGUGAGCAAUACUGGGAACACAAAGACUUAUGAUGGUUUUUCUUAGAAUUUCAAAGAGCGUUGGCGUUCCGAGGUGUAUUUAGCCUUCUUAUUAGUCACCACAUUUAAUAGCAACGAGAACCGUACACUCUGCAGUAUCCUUCUACAGGGAAGAGGCACAGCUGCCCUCUACCAGGUGCUAAAUAACUACUAUGGUUAGUUUAAGACUUGCACAUUUACAUCAAUACAAACCGUAUGCAAGUACACAUCACAUCAGCCGUUCCCUACUCUUUGAAUAGGUCUGUUGAGGAUGUAGGUUUCCCCUUUUUUAUUUGUUACAUUAUGACCCCUAACUUUAUUGCAGAUUCCCUGCGAUGGGGAAUGAACACCAGCUAAGUGCGUGUACAUUUCAUCUGUGCUCCUCCAGACACAGCCAGUGUUUGUUUUUGUAUUUUAGAAAGCACUUAGGCCGGUGGAAGCAAUGGAAGUAGCUGGUGAGUGUUUGGGGUCCACCGGCUGCUUUGACCAGAAUGAGCAAUGAGCUUCCUGCCCUGCAGAUAGUCCAAAUACUUGUCAGAGAUGACCCGUGGCCUCCCCCCCCAUGUGAUGCGGACUCGGAGGCCGACAGUUAGAUGGCCUGUAAGACAGGUGGCUUUGUUUAACAUGUCAGUACGGUGGUCUCGCCUUAAGACUUUGGUGGAGUUGUAGUUUUUCUCCAGCCAUGCAUACACUCAGCCAACGCAAAGUAGUCUCCAGAGGGUUCAUUCAUAUGGCAGCCUUACUCUGGUGUCAGUAAAGAGAAGCAUGAUGCCGUGUGGUCUCAGAGACUUGAGUGAAAAGCGACUUUCUGCCACCAGACUUUGAGAACUUGUGAUCAGCAGUGGAAGGAAGUUUGUGAGAUCGACCCACUCGUGACUUUAGGGCGCGCUUGUCGUCUAUCAUCUCAGCAUCCAUCUCUGCACCGUUACAUGUUUUUGGAGCUUCCUCUGCUGAAUGUUUCGGCCUGCUGCUACCGCACCGCAUUUCUAGCUGGAGAUGGGAACGAUUACACAAUCAGUCGAGUGCUGGAGGGAAAACAAUAGCAGUCACAUACUCGGCUGACUGAGCAAAUACCAAUCAAAGUAAAACAUAUGCAACUUGUUCAUUCAUAUUGUGGUAAACGGUUGCAAAUUGUGCAUUGUGUUUUCGCCAAGUCUGUUGCAUAAGUUGAUAUUAACUGGCAGUGAGAAGAUUCAGAAUUCCCAUCCCUCCAACUGACAGCAACAGGCUUAAGUUCAGCCUUUCUAUGUUUAACAUUGUGCUCUGAGCUUAGGUCAUUUAGUGGGUGAUGAACAGUGCAGGUUCUGUCUGCUAAGCCACUUUAAGAUGUGCUCAUCGAGCAGACUGUUCUAGCAAGAGCUGGUGGUUGGUAGUUGUUUGUUUUUGCAUUUAUUAUAGGGUGUGUGUGGCCACGUGCGUUCAUGUGUAAUGAAUCUGUUAGCAGCUACGCCUUUUGACUGGCAGACACUAUAGCGUUGGCGGUGAUGUGCUGAGCGCUGUUAGUUUGGAGCAGAAGGAGCUGAAGCUGACGUGUUGACCUGAUGCUCUGGGCUUUGCGUUGGGACGAGCCUGUAAACGUAACCCAGUGAUUCUUGGCCUGUUUGAAAAAGGAUGUGAAGCUUUUUUUCUUUUUUGCUGGACAAGCGUCGUAGAGGCGUGAGGAAGGGAUUUAGCUCAGCUGUCCCUCUCUGCUGACUUACUUGGGUCGCACCGUGCCGCCCACAAGUCGUUGGCAAACCGUGUACACUCAAGGCAGACGCAUGCUGUGACCUUUUGACUGUGUAGCAGUAUUUGUUGUCGCCAUCUUUGUUACAUUUUGAAAUGACUCGCUUUCUGAAAAUCGAUUGAUUAAACUUGCUUUUUCUGUUUUGUUAUGGAUUGCAGGCUGUGACUGAAUAAUUGAUCAUUGUGUAUAGACUAGAUAUCGGGGGGGAUUUUGACCUAUCGACACGGGGCCCAUCCCGCUCUGAUCAACGAGGCAAAAACCAGCACCCUCACUGGUUCAUUGAUCACUGCCGAGGUGUUUGUGGAUGUGGCUGUUUUUUAAAAGCAGGGCCACUCAGUCCCCGGGGCUUGUUUUGUCAUGUAUGUUGUGAUCGUUGUGCAGCCCACUAAAGAGAGUGCUAACCGUGGCCUGUGUAGUGCAUACUAAAGAGGGGCCAUAAUAGGAAUGGAAUGACAGCUCGGGUGGAGAGGGGACGACUGGUCUCUGGAGUGGAUCAGUGUGUGGCCCCCUCUUGGUGCUCAAGCUGUGCAUUGGUGCUUUUUUUUCUGGGGUCCCGUGGGCCUUAAAACGUCUGCUUUGGUUUCCAGGACACAGGGAAAUGCAGAUAUGACUGAAACACAAACUAGGAAUGAUUGAACAGGGAUGUAUUCAGUCGCAUUUGUCUGGUUGUUUCCUGCAGCCGCUGGGACCUGAUGGUGUGUUUCACCGUGUUAGAGUCCCGGGUGGCUGUAGCUGGAUCAAAGCAAACUUCAGAACUUGUUGCUCUAGUUGUAGACACGGUGUAAAGGCCACCAGAAUCCACAGGUCCAGUUACAUUGAAUGAACUUGAUGGGAGGGAUCAACCGAAUAUGAUUGCUCACUUUGAGGAGGAAGUUGUCGCCGGUGUUUUAUGUCGGAGGAAGUGUGGAGGGUGAGUCAGAGAGAGAGAAGAAGGGGAGGGACUUAACAAACUGAUCAGGUGUUGAUUUGUCGAUCAAGAAGAAAAACAGAAAAACCAAUGUCCCGGUAGAUUUAGAAUCUUCCUUAAUUGUUUACUCUUCACCUUGAAAAAAAAAAAGAAAUCACUGUUUAUUUGUCUUGUUUCCUGUCUCCCUCUUCACCAACUAUGCUAUUCAUCUUUUGUUUAUUACAAAGUAUUAAACAAGUACGAGAGCUGUAAAAUCAGAAUGGAUUCUGUCACUCUUAUUGUUCUUUGUUCUGGUUCUAUCUCCCUCCAUCGUACACAUGGAGCCGGUGGACUUUUGUGUGCAUCGGGGAUUGAAAGAAGAAAAAAAAAAAAUAUGAAUCCUUUUUUUCAGUGAUUGAUUCUGAAUCUUGUUUCUCUUUGUUGUAUCAUGUCUGAGUAAAGGUUUUAAUAAUG